GUUUUGUCGGAGACGGUCUGCUCCAUGGUCUGGACUGGUCCAGCUAACAUUAGCUGCCUGACCUGCUUGGCUCAGUCGCUGGACAGAUUUCACGGAUAAUAAUGGUUUAUUUUUAGGCCGAACAAUAACAACGUUUAAACGUCUUGCUGGAUGGUAGCCACAAAGACAUAACUGGGCCGGGAAGCCGUCAGUGCCAAGAAAGAAAGAGGCUCCAUGGCAAAGUGGUUGAAGGACUACCUAAACUUAGGCAGCAGGCGUGACCCUCCCCAGCCCCCAAGGCCAGACUACACUGAGAGUGAGAUCCUGAGGGCCUACAGAGCUCAGAAGGAGCUUGAUUUUGAGGAUCCGUACCAGCACACUGAUAAGGAGCAUCAGAAUGGUGGUUUCAGCCCCUGCAGUGCCACAGUGAGCCUUCCCUCUUUCCCUGCAUUCGGCUCAGUGCUGCCUAAUGGUGUGGAGGUGAAAGUGGUGUCACCCAAACACAGACUUAUCAAAGUGGACUCUCAGGAGUUUGGUCGUUGUAAAGUCCCCCUUAGUCCUGUAACCAUUCAAGAGGAACCUGUGGUCCCAUCUGCCCCUGCAGCCUCAGACGCUGACACUGACUACUCUGAUCCCUUUGAUGUCCGCCCAGACCCUCGAGGCAGAUCACAGUGGGAGAACAAAUCUGCACCAACAGACUGCUGCAGCUAUAUGGAACCAUUUGAGGCCCAGCGGAUCAUAUCAGAACUGCAGCACAGUGUAAUGAUAAACAGAUCUGGGAGUGGAGAUGGUGGUCAGUUGUAUGAUAACCCAUACGAGGAGAGGAUUCGUCACCUUCACAGAUCUGCUUCAUCAGUACAACAGCAACAAACUCAGAGAGUGGAGGGUGGACUUAUACUGAUGGACAGCAGGGAGAGCAGGCUUCCUCAGGAUGACGAGAGGCCAGCUGAUGAAUACGACCAACCCUGGGAGUGGAAGAAGGACAACAUCUCGAAAGCUUUAGCAGUUCAGUUUGAAGGAGCAGAAAGGGAGCGUUCGAGAGCUCACACAGAGCAGGUCAGACUCACUAAAGCGGGCACUACGUCUUCCUCAGCAGACUCAACAACGUUGCGUCUGGUUGGUGACACCCCCCCUCUCCUGGGAGAGAGAGUGGAUCCAUGUAUACCACUGGAGAGACAAGUGUGGUAUCAUGGCACCCUGAGCCGCUCGGAGGCCGAAACUCUGCUGACUUUGUGCAAAGAGAGCUCUUACCUGGUGAGAAACAGCCAGACCUGCCAGACUGACUACUCAUUGUCCCUCAGGAGCUGUAAGGGCUUCAUGCACAUGAAGUUCACUCAGUCUGCAGAUGGGCGUUACGUGCUUGGAGAGAACAGCCCUCCCUUUGCCACCAUCCCUGAGGUCAUCCACUACUACACCACACACAAGCUGCCAAUCAGAGGGGCCGAGCACAUGUCCCUACUGUAUCCUGUCAUCGUGCAGACCCUCUGACACUACCAUGCUCUCAUACUCCUCCUCCCGGUGCUACUGAGUACAAUAAAUACACUCCAUAUUUACCUUUUACAGUCCCUCUCCUUUCCAUCAUGCCUUUUCUCCGCAAUUCUACCUGCACUGCUCACGAGAGAUUGGACUUUUCAGUGCCAUUUUUUUCUGUUUACAAACACCCCUGCAACUUUCCUGGCAGCUUAAACGAAAAGCUCAGUGCCUCUCAAAUAUUUACCUGUAAACCAGUGUUGUCUCUGAAACCCCCUGUAUAACCCCUGAAAAUCAGCAUUAACUCAUUUAAAGAUUGUGGCUGAGUUUAUAUAAAUAAAAACAUCAAAAGAUAAAAUCUGGGUGUCUCUAGACAGUAGACUGAAGAUUUUUUUGCAUGGAGACUUGUCUCUUUUACUGUAUCACAAAGAGUGUACUGCCAGGCCACUUUAAGGAUAACAGGGAUGUUUUAUUUUGGUUUGUGCCAAUCAUCUAAGGAGAUUUAUCCUUUAAAGUGGCCCAUGAAAACAUUUGCCAUUGGGAUUUGAACUAGAUGUAGGAAGUAGAGAAUGCAGUAAAAAAAAAGUGCAGUUGCUGUAAUCAAAACUGUUGCUGUCUUUUAAGUGUUAGUUACACUUUGAACCAAACACUACAUAUUUAACCCUGGUCUUUUAGAUUAGGGUUUCUGUGUUUAAGAGGCCUGUGAAUGUCCUAUGAUGCUGUAGCUGUGCACCCUGCAUUGUUUUCUUUUUUUUGAUAUUUUGUUUGAGCAGCACAAAGCAACAGCAUCAGACAGACAGUAACAGGCCCAUGCAAUACUAGUUUAGAGAGUAAUAACUAAAGUCCUAUCUUGAAAGCUUGUGGCUUUGUGAUCAUGGCUAUUACAGAAGCUUUGGUAGAUUAUUUACUGUUAUUUGCUGUUUUAUAAGAUUUUAAAUGUGUGUUAAAAUAAAGGUGGUGUCUGUUUUUAAA